AUUUUGAGAAGAGAGGAAAGAAGGAAGUGUGUCCAAUACUGGAUCAGUUUCUUUGUCAUGUUGCUAAGACUGGAGAGACGAUGGUUCAGUGGUCUCAGUUUAAAGGCUAUUUUAUUUUCAAACUGGAGAAAGUAAUGGAUGAUUUUAGAACCUCAGCUCCUGAACCAAGAGGGCCCCCCAAUCCAAAUGUGGAAUAUAUUCCCUUUGAAGAGAUGAAAGAAAGAAUCCUGAAAAUCGUCACUGGAUUUAACGGCAUCCCCUUCACUAUCCAGCGACUCUGUGAGUUGCUGACAGAUCCUAGGAGGAAUUACACAGGAACAGACAAAUUUCUAAGAGGUGUGGAAAAGAAUGUCAUGGUUGUCAGCUGUGUAUAUCCAUCUUCAGAGAAAAACAAUUCCAAUAGCUUAAAUCGGAUGAAUGGUGUUAUGUUCCCAGGAAAUUCUCCAGGAAAUUACUCUGACAGAUCCAAUGUAAAUGGUCCUGGAACUCCCAGACCAGUAAAUCGACCGAAGGUUUCUUUGUCAACUCCUAUGACAACCAACGGUUUGCCAGACAGCACGGAGCAUAAGGAAUCGAGCUUGCAGCAAACAGAAGACAAAAAACACAGUGAAUCACCAGCAUCUGAAUCGGAAGGUACGCAGAGCAGCCCAGUAAAAAAUAAGCACUCUGAGGAUGAUCCUGCAGAAGCUGAAGGCCAUGAGGUAAAAAGACUUAAAUUUGACAAGGAAGGGGAAGCCAGAGAUGCACCAAACCAAACUGCCUCCAGUGAAGUUUCUGUAGGCAUGGGGGAAGAGACAGAAACAUCCUCUACAUCUCAGGAUAAAGAAAAUGAUGCUGCUAGUGCCCGAAAGCACUGUACGGAGGAAGAGGAGGAAGAGUCCUUCAUGUCUCCCAGAAACGUUGGUCCAGACAGAAAAGAACCAGAAAAAGACACUGAAUCCUCAACUGUGAACGAAGAGAGCUCUGAGGAGAGCAAUCAGAUGGAGGAGUCAGAUCCGUCCCAAGCUGAGAAGGAUUUGCACGCAGAUGACAGUGAAAUUGGAUCUGCCAGCAGUGGGGCUGGCUGCAGGGAAACGGAGGAGUCAGGGUCCUACGGCAGUGAAACUCCAGAAACCUCAGCAGAGACCCCCAUGGAAAACAGCGACGAAGCCACAGAAGCUGCAGAUGAACCUAUGGAGCAAGACUAAUUUAAAUACACUUAGAUGCAGUAUUUUCCAUAAGGCUCCGGUUUUACACUGUAUAAAUAAUUUUAUGUAAUAAAGUGGACCUUUAGUUUUACAAAAAGAAGCAGGUUGUAAAAUAAACUUCUCCAUGGAUCGAACCUUGAAAGAGUUGUACAUGAUAAGAACUGUGAAUACCAGCUCCUUCAGGUCCUGCUUACCGCUGAACUUUCGUUUGGUCAAAUCAGUGGUUUGUGUAUAGUUUUUUUUAUUUAGAAUAAAAGUUUUUAAACUGGAAGGUAAUUAUAAUUUUGACAACUUUUUUGGAGAUUACCACACCUAGUUGUAUGUAAGCAAGAAAGCUUUUUGUCUUGUCUUUUUUCUGACAGCUAUAGCAGUUUCUUCAUAUUUUGGUUACAGGUUCAACAUUUGACAUGUGAAAUACGGGGUUUCAUGCUGGUUUCCAGAUUUUUGUUUGAAUACACACUAUGAAACCUUACGUUGUGUGUUUAAAAUGUGUUACAUCUCACACACAUUAACGCACGCAUGCACAUAUAUGUGUACCCUCACUGUUCUGAGGGGGAAAUGGUAUAUUUUUCUGUUUCUAUAAAAGAUAAAUACAGCAAAUACUUUUUCUAUAGGAAAACAACUGGGUUCACCUCUCAAGGCACUUUGUUUUGCCUCUGGAAAACAAAACAAAUGAAAUCUGGCCCAUAUGAAACCCUGGAAAUACGAACAUUGCUGAAAACCCCAGAGUAAACACAUUCCAAGAGAACUGUUCAGAUCACAACAUUUUUGUAUACUUCUGAGGUGCCUGAGUGAAAGGAUUUCAUUUAUUUAUGAGAAAAUGUGCUUUAUGUUGAGAACGUUGUAAUCAAAACAUUAGCUUAAACUUUUGUAGAAGAAACGUUUGAAAAUACAGUGAGAAAAUACCUUGGAAGAA